CGUGACAACAGAGCAGCACACGUCCUGAGCUUUACAGCAUCCCAGGGGCCGACGCUGGUGCUUUUUCCUGGUACAGGUUGGAAGCCUGUCUCUGAGACCCUGAAGCUCUUCCUGCUGAUACUCGCCUUCCCUAGUAACCCUCCACCCCACGGGAGUUCCAGAAAGAACCCCAGGGGGCCUCCUUGCUACCACAAAACAGACCUCACCUUCCACUACCAGGGUUAAGUCAGAUCCGCCCGAGGAAGAUUCUGCCCACAUUUCCCUCGAGUUAGUCUGCAGGCCCCUUCGGCUGGGACCCUCUCCCAGGAGCUGCCCAUCUGCAAACAGAGAGCCCACAGUGCCUCGGGAAAAAUUGGCUGAAUAAAAGGGCAAUCAGGACGCCACGGCUCCGCCUGAAGCGAUGGCCCAGCCCUACCCCCCGGCCCAGUACCCGCCUCCACCACAGAACGGCAUCCCCGCCGAGUACGCCCCGCCGCCACCGCACCCCACACCGGACUACUCGGGCCAGACCCCGGUCCCCCCGGAGCACGGCAUGACCCUGUACACACCAGCACAGACCCACCCGGAGCAGCCGAGCAGUGAGACCAGCACACAGCCCAUUGCAGGGGCCCAGACAGUGCCGCAGACAGACGAGGCGGCACAGACGGACAGCCAGCCGCUCCAUCCCUCCGACCCCACAGAGAAGCAGCAGCCCAAGCGGCUACACGUCUCCAACAUCCCCUUCCGGUUCAGGGACCCCGACCUGCGGCAAAUGUUCGGGCAAUUCGGAAAAAUUUUAGACGUGGAGAUCAUUUUUAACGAGCGGGGCUCCAAGGUCAAUAACGCCACGGCCCGAGUCAUGACCAACAAGAAGACUGCCAACCCCUAUACCAACGGCUGGAAGCUAAACCCGGUGGUAGGGGCAGUCUACGGACCUGAAUUCUAUGCAGUGACGGGGUUCCCGUACCCCACCACCGGCACAGCCGUUGCCUACAGGGGCGCGCACCUACGGGGCCGGGGCCGGGCUGUGUACAACACGUUUCGGGCUGCGCCGCCCCCGCCCCCCAUCCCUACUUACGGAGCGGCACUGGAGCAAACGCUUGUUAAAAUGCCAGUCCCAUGGGCAGGGCUGGCACCCUGCCCCCUCCCUCCUCAGCAGACACCGGAGCCGGCCUACCCCACCUCUCCAGCGUUCCCACCACUUUCUUGUCCGUUUGCUUCCAGGGUCGUGUAUCAGGAUGGCUUUUAUGGUGCUGAGAUUUAUGGAGGCUAUGCCGCCUACAGAUACGCUCAGCCCGCAGCAGCCGCGGCCGCCUACAGCGACAGUUAUGGCAGAGUCUACGCAGCUGCUGACCCCUACCAUCACACCAUCGGCCCCGCGGCGACCUACAGCAUCGGAACCAUGUGAAAGCUUCCACCGUUUCCUUCUUGGACCAUGAAGGGCAAAAACAAAAAAACACAAAAAAAAUCACAAAACAAAAAACAAAACAAAAAAAGAUGUUCAGAUCCAAGCAACAAAACAACCAACCAAACCGAGAAGCACCCACCACGUCUGAGUCCGCGAGCCCGCGAGCCGUCGCAGCGCAGCGAGGGAGCAGGUCCGCGGCCCCCGGCCGCCGGCAGCGCGCUGGCAGGAGGGAGGCGGGAGGGGAGGGACUCUGUUUUCUACCAAGUCUUCCUUCCGGGCCCCACUCGAGGCAGCGUGGGCCAGUGGCGAGCGGCUGCAGGCCCAAGCAGGAAGAGUGGCCAGCAGGACUCGACCUUGGCUGCCGACUGUGCCAGCGGAGGGACGGCUGGGUGGGCGCGGGGACGGGGGCUGCUUUUCAUCUCGGGGCUUCGGCUGUGCCCAGUCACCCUGUGUCUUGCGCUCUGGGCCCCGGCUACCCCUCCUGCCGUGCCGCCAACACCUGUGUCCUGCGAACCUGGGGAGGAGUUUGCAGCCACUGGAGGCUGUCCAACCAGCAGCCCUGGGGUCCGACCUCAACACCAAGGGCUGAUAUGUUUCCAGAACUACAGGGCACCCAGGCCCCCCCCCCCCACACGAGGGGGCUCUGGCUGCCCAGCAAGGAAGGGGUGAGGGCCUUGAGGCCGAGGCCUUGUUCCGACUGGUCGUUUCUGGUUCCCUUUCUGGAGGAGGCCCUGGGCCUGGUCUAGGAGAGGGAAGGCCAGCCUCACGCUGCAGCUGGGUCGAGCCCUCUGGCCCCUGCCCUGCAGGGCCCCGUCCUGCAGAGGAACGGAGGGACGGGCCGGCGCCGGGCUGCACGGCAAGGGUUCGGGCCACGGUGCUAUGGGUCUGGACGGCACGUCCGAGCAGGGAGAGCCGGGGGUGGGGGAAGGCCUGGGCGGUCCGCCGCCCCCUCCCCUGCUCCCGGCUCAGGUCCCAGAGUCGCGGGGGCAGCAGACGGCAGGCAGCAGGGAGGAGCCGCUGGCCAGGCAGGGAGAGCUGGAGUCGGGGGAGCAGCAAAAAAUAGCAAAAGAUGUAGGCUCCCCACGUGGCUCCACUGUCUCAUGAAACUUAAAAAGUAAAAAAAAUACACCUCACUUUAUAUUCAGCAUCAGCUCCUGAAGCUCCUGAGAUGAGGCUCCUUUUCUAUUCCCGGUGUACAUAGCCCCGCCCUGCCUCCGGCUUCGUCCUCUGUACAGGCCCCUCCACCCUCUGCUGUUCUGGACCCUUUUCUUGCAGCAGCUCCACCCCCGGCCCUGCGCCCUCCCACCCCUCUCACCCCCGGGACUGCAGCCAGGCCCCAGGCUUCCUUUCUUACCAUUCUGUAUGCUUCCAAGGUGUGACCAUUCAAAUCAACCGCAUUAUUAUUAUUAAGAUUAUUAAUAAAGAUUUUUCUUCAAACCA